CUCAUGCAAAUGGCCCUGGUUUGGUACAAGACAUUCUGGACUCAUUAGAUGCCUAUAUAUAUAAACACUUGACUCUCCGACUCUCAUGUUAGCUCAAGCUGCGACUACUCUUCUUCAUAUUCCACUCUUCCACAAAUCACAAGUUAGAAUGUCGAACACAAACCAACAACCACCAGCCCCCAACAGGGCUCAUCAUGAGCUUGGGAACGGCAAGAAACACAUCCUCAUCAAUGCUUUCGAUAUGAGCACUGUCGGGCACCUGUCUCCAGGACAAUGGAAGAAUCCAGUUGACAAGUCGGCAACCAAGCGCAGGCUUGAUUACUGGAUUGAACUCGCCAAACUUCUUGAGAGGGGAGGGGUCAACGCUCUGUUCCUCGCCGACACAUAUGGUGGCUACGACACAUACGAAGGGAGCGUUGACAAUUGCAUCAGGCGAGCGGCACAAUGGCCAAUAACCGACCCAACAAUUCCCAUCUCAGCCAUGGCAGCAGUGACCAAGAAUUUGUCGUUUGCCAUCACAGCCUCGACCAGUUUUGAGCCACCUUAUCUUCUAGCCAAACGCUUUUCGACUCUGGAUCACUUCACACAGGGUCGUAUCGGUUGGAAUAUAGUGACGUCUUGGAAGAAGUCCGCCUUUAAGGCCAUUGGCCUCGACAAUCCUAUUGAACACGACGAACGCUAUCGUCAAGCAGAUGAAUAUCUCCGCGUUCUUUACAAGCUAUGGGAAUCUUCGUGGUCCCCCACCGCCCUCUCCCCAGACCCAGACAACGACAGCUACGUCGACCCGGCCCAAGUGCGCACCAUCAACCACAAAGGCAAAUAUUUCUCUCUCGACGCGAAGCAUAUCGUUGACCCCUCUCCUCAACGCACUCCCUUCCUCUUCCAAGCGGGCACCUCCUCGGCAGGCUCCGACUUUGCCGCCACCCACGCGGAAGCCAUCUUUGUCUCUGGUCACUCACCCUCAGUCUUAAGGCCAAAGAUCGACGCCAUCCGCGCCUUGGCCGCCCAGAAGGGCCGUGAUCCGAGAUCCAUCAAGGUAUUCGCCACCUUCACGCCCAUUGUUGCCGAUACAGAUGAGCUCGCCCAAGAGAAGUUGAAAGAACUCAAGAAGUAUGCUUCCACCAUUGGAGGUCUGGUGCUGGUGAGCGGCUGGACAGGAAUCGACCUGUCAAAGCUACCGCUUGACAAGGAGAUAAGCAAGGAGGAUAGUGUCGAGGCACACAAGGUCACGAGCAUUCUCGAUAACUUCACCACGGCCAGCACGGAACACCCUAGAUGGACGCCGAGGUUGGUGGCUGAACACGCGGCAAUCGGCGGGCUUGGUCCGGUCAGCGUGGGAAGCCCGCAGACUGUUGCGGAUGAGCUGGAACGGUGGGUCAAGGAGGCUGAUGUGGACGGGUUUAACAUUGGGUAUGUGACCACACCGGGGACAUUUGAAGAGGUGGUGGACUUGUUAAUUCCCGAGCUGAGGAGGAGGGGGGUCUAUCCUGAGCCGCCUGAUCCGAGUGAGGAACCGGUGACGGCUAGGGAGAAGAUUUAUGGGAAGGGCCAAAAUGGGUUAAGAGAUGAUCAUGAGGGCAGUCGGUACAAGUACCACCUGUACCAGGAAGAUCCGCCUUAUAAGUCCGAGGAAGAGGGGCAGACUUGA